UUGUAGGAGGUAUUCGUCAUUCGAUCAAAGGUCAAGGGCUUGCAAAAUCACAACAAAAAUGGCGAAAAGGGUUUGAUGACAAAGAAAAGUGUGGACUUUGUAACUUGUUAAUAUGGCAGAACUUUUAGCUGUCCAACUACACAUUCCAAUUCACCCAGAUGUUUCAACAUCUAGGUCUAAAUAUCAAAAGUCAGCGUCAGGUGGCAGUACUCCGUCAAAUAACUCCAGUCGAUUCGAACAGUUCGCGCACCUGCCAAGUCGACGAGCAGUUGACAUUGAAUAUAAAGAUCUGACAUACAGAGUUAGAGAAGGGCGGCAUAAAGGCGUAAAAGACAUUUUAAAAUGUAUAUCAGGGAAAUUUCAGUCUGGACAACUAACGGCUAUAAUGGGUCCAUCCGGAGCUGGGAAAUCAUCUUUAAUGAAUAUUUUGGCAGGUUAUAGGACAAAAAAUAUUACAGGACAUAUUUUGGUGAAUGGUAGAGACCGUGAUUUGAGAUCUUUUAGGAAGAUAUCAUGUUAUAUCAUGCAAGAUGACCACUUACUGCCACAUCUGACAGUGGAUGAAUCCAUGAUGUGUUCUGCAAACCUUAAAUUGACAGAAAAAAUGUCAAAUAAAGAAAAACAUGCACUGGUUGAUGAUAUACUGUAUUCACUAGGAUUAUCAGAUCAUAAGAAGACAAGGACAAUUAACCUGUCUGGUGGUCAGAGAAAACGUCUUUCUAUUGCUUUGGAGUUGGUAAACAAUCCACCAAUCAUGUUCUUUGAUGAACCAACAAGUGGACUUGACAGCUCAUCUUGUUUCCAGUGUGUUUCUUUGUUGAAAGCUUUAGCUGCUGGUGGGAGAACGAUUAUAUGUACCAUACAUCAGCCAAGUGCUAAAUUGUUUGAGAAGUUUGAUUUGCUUUAUCUGUUGGCUGAAGGAAGCUGUGUUUAUAAGGGAUCUAUUUCAUCAUUGGUCCCUUAUUUUGAGUCCCAUGGAAUGUCUUGCCCAGCUUAUCAUAAUCCUGCAGAUUUUGUGAUGGAAGUAGCCUCUGGUGAAUAUGGAGAAGAUAAAGUAGACACAUUAAAACAAGCUGUCAGGAAUGGACAGUGUGACAAUCUAGCUGCUGAUCUAGUGAAAAAGCCUGCAAAUGGUAGUCUGACAACAGUGGCACCUUACCAGCUGUCUGGAUCGAAUGGUCAACUGCCUCCCAUACAGGAUGAUCAUGUCCAUAUUAAUUGUUCAGAGAAAGGUGUAGUCAAUGGACAUGCCAUGACUAAUGGAUCUAAUGGUAGUGUUACGAUUGAUCCAUUUGAGCAGUACCAGAAUGACCAGAAUAGCUUUGCUACCAGUAGCUUUACACAGUUCCAUAUACUAUUUGUCCGGACAUUUAAAUCCAUAAUGAGAGAUGCAACGUUAACAAGAUUGCGAUUGAUUUCUCACUUAACUGUCGGAAUCCUGAUUGGUCUGUUAUAUCUUGGGAUAGGCAAUGAGGCAACCAAAGUGAUAAACAAUACCAGCUUCCUCUUCUUUUGUAUACUGUUCCUCAUGUUUACAGCUCUAAUGCCAACAGUCAUGACAUUUCCAUUAGAAAUGGCAGUAUUUGUGAGGGAACAUUUAAAUUAUUGGUACAGUGUAAAAGCCUACUAUCUGGCUAAAACAUUUGCUGACAUGCCAUUCCAGAUAAUUUUUCCAUUGAUAUAUGGCAGUAUAGUAUAUUGGAUGACAUCACAACCAGAUAACUUUCUACGAUUUGUCAUGUUUAUGACACUAGCAGUACAGACCUCACUUGUGGCUCAAUCUUUGGGACUCAUUAUUGGGGCAGCUACAUCACUGCAGGUAGCAGUAUAUUUGGGACCAGUUACAGCUAUUCCUGUUUUGUUAUUCAGUGGAUUUUUUGUAAAUUUCCAGACCAUGCCUGUUUAUCUACAAUGGUUAUCAUAUAUAUCCUAUUUAAGAUACUCAUUUGAAGGUAUACUUCAUGCUAUAUAUGGAUUUGAUCGUGAGAAUUUAGACUGUUCUGAGGACCAUAUAAUGAAAUGUCAGUUCAAUGAACCAAAAGACAUCCUUGAACAAUGGGAUGUGGAAAAUGUAUUCUUUGUGGAUUUCAUUGUUCUAUGUACAUUUUUUGUUUUACUGAGAGUUGGCUGUUAUUUUGUACUGAGAUGGAGAGUUAAGUCAGAGAGAUAAACAUCGUUGAAAUAUUAUAAUGAGAAGUCAGAAAGAUAAACAUCGAUGGAAUAUUAUUAUGAGAAGUCAGAGAGAUGAACAUCAAUGGAAUAUUAUUAUGAGAUGACAGGGCAAAGAUAAUCUAAGUCAAUAUUUAUAUAAUUUAAAAUACUGGUAAUGUUGAUCUUGUCAAAUUUUAUUAGGAGUUAUGCACAAUUGCCACUUGCAGACUUGAUAUACACACAAACUUUGGUUUUAUAUAUACACAUAUUUUUUCCUAUGUUUCUAGGAGAAAAAGAGCAUCAUUGAUUUGUAUUUUUUGUGUCUUCAGUUCUUAAAGUAUUAUCAUACCAAAGUUUUAAAAUGAAGUUCUUUCUUAUAUUCACUGCAAAAAUAGCGAAUUUUGAAAUGAAUAAAUAAGCUCCUAAAUAUUCACAAAAUUAACAAGGACAUCUUUUAGAAAUACUUAGGAUUUUGUUGUGUAAAAAUUAGGAACACAUUGUUCAUGUAAUUCCCAGAUAAUCAUCAGUAUAUACUGCAAAAUUCUUGUUGAAUUAUUUUAUAAUCUGAAUUAACGAAGAAAUAUAUACAUAUUUAUUUACAGUGAAACCACAUGAAAAUAAGUAAGUCAGUUGACAAUUCAUUUUAUUUUAUUUUUGGAUGUAUAGGUAACAAAUAAGUGUCAUGAUUGCCUUUUUGUUUGAAUGUAUGAUGAAUUCAUAAUUCUGACAAGAAGUUUCCAGAAUAUAUUCAUCAAAAACCAUUGAACUAAUUUAAAUUCAUUUUAAAAUUUGGUGUGUUUAUGUCUUUUGUCCUAUCAUAUUUAUGUAUUUUAAAAUUUGGUUUAAUGUUCAUUAUGAUACAUGUAAAUCAUUUUGUCCAAUACUUUUUGAAAUCAAACAUUAUAAUUCAGUCAGGCAAAUCUUUAUUGAGUGUCUGAUUGUAAUGUUAGACAUACAUAAUAUCUUUGAAGGUUAGACAUUUAUUCUUUCAGUCACACACAUAUUUAAAGAUCUGACCAAAUGUCAGCAAAGAUGUAAUUAAUAUAAAAAUAAGGAGAUGUGGUAUGAUUGCCAAUGAGACAACUAUCCACCAAAGUUCAAAUGAAAUGGAUGUAUACAAUUAAGCACAGGUUGUUAAAAAAUAUGGUUUUUUGAAGGUAAAAACCUUGUUUAUGAUAAAUCUGUACUUGACUGUCUGAAAAACAUUUGCAAUUACCCCAUGGUAACCUCUCACAAUCGCUAACUUUCAAAUUAUCUCCCUUUAGCGAUCUCCCGAUUAGAAGAUCACUUUACCUUUAGCGGAUAAUGGCUGUAGGCUAACCGCAUUUUGGUGCAAGCAAUCGUUAAAAUACUAUAAAAAAAAAAGACAUCUAGUGAAAUGGAAGAUAAAUAUAAGAGUUGUUUAUUCAUUUCUAUAUUGCAAACAGUUUUGUUUUGUUACCAAAGAUUUAAAAUUUGAACCAAUGAGUAUAAAAUCAAAACUUAGCAAUUCUGUACAAUAAAGCUGAUAAUAAAAAGGUAAUAAUAUAUAACCUUCAACACAGCAACAAAACUAAAGAAUGACAAUGCAUAUAGAAAAUUUGCUAUGAAAUGUCUUAGUUGUUUUGUAAUAUGAAUUAGAAAAAAAAAAUACUCAUUGUACUUGGCAUACUUCAUUUGUAUUGAAAGGAUCAAUAGGUUGAGUAAUGUGUUGUAUUAGUUGAUAAUUUUCUGGAGGUAUGGUAAAAUAAAUUAAAUUAUUCAUUUAUGGAAAAGAAUGUUUCCAAACUCUUUACAACAUAAAUUAUAAAUAUGUAUAAUGUUUUAAAAAUAUGAGAUUUGUUAUUGUUUACCUGUACUAUAUACAUAUUUUACUAUAAUUACAGAUAUCUCCACAAUGUAAACAAUUAAUCGUUUAUUACAAAUAUAAAGAAUUUGUUUUACUCGCAUGCUGUCUCACAAUUUUAGACUUGUGAUCUGUUUAUUUAUAACAUAAUUCAAUUCCUCUGAUUUGUCAAGAAAAAUCACUAUUUUUUACAGGUGAAAUUUUAAAAUUUGCUAUUUUACCAGAUUUAUAUAAAAUUUAUGUUAUGUUAAUUGGUGAUGUGAUAUACUUUCUAUGAGUGAUAUUGAGUUUGUAUGUUUUGAUGCAAUUCCAUUUUUUUUACAACUGAAAUUAUUUCUAUUUUAACCAAUUUUCUUGCAAGAAGUACAUACAAUAUGUUGACAUUUUUAAAAGAGUUACUGUAAAAUAAAUAAAUAAUACAGUAAUUUGAAUAUAACUGUUCCCUGACAACAGAAGCAGGAUACCAGGAGACUAUAAACGCGAGGUUUAUCGCUUUAUGUUAUCUGUACACCUGUAUUGUUAUACAUGUAUUAGAAAGUUCAAUUGCAGGAUAAAAAGGAAUCACAUGUCGAUAUAUAUAUAUAUAGGAAGUCAUAAAUACAGUGUAACAUGAUGUAAUCCAAGAAUGGCAUAUUUGACAACUUGCAGGAAAAUUGGUUAAUAAAAUCAGCUAAACUAUUUCAUUGUGUACUUAGUUCAGUUAAGACAGAUGUUUUGCUUGUUUGUUAAAAGCAUUACCCUUUUUAGUUCACCUGGUCCAAAGGGCCCAAAAAUUCUCAUCCUUUGGCGUCCAGUAUCUGUCUAGUCGUCUAUAUUAACUUUGACGAAAAUCUGCUCCUUUUAAACUUCUGGGUCAAUUGGAACCUAAUUUGGUCACAAAUAUCCUUAAAUAGGUUACAUAGCUUAUAAAAUAUGUCGGAUGAUCAAGCCUGCCAUUGCUUAAAAUAGAACAUAGGGGUAAAAUGCAACCUACUGCGACUCCUUAAUCCUUAUAGGAUUUAUUGCCCUUAAAUGAUGCUUUUUUUUUGGGGGGGAGGGGGGCAUUUUAGGUGAAAACUAUAGAAAAUAAAGAAAAUCUGAAAACAGCACGAUGAACAAAUAGGUCAACAUAGCCAAAAAGUAUCAGUUGACUCCUUAAAGGUGUUAUUGUCCUUAAAUAACAAUUUGUACCCUUUUUCAUGCUUUGGGCAAAAACUAAAGAUAGAGGGGAACUGUAAACAGCAAAAAUUAUCUGCAAGACAAGAUCUACAAACUGUUUAGCAAAAAAUGAAUUGUCAGUAAACUUCUUAUAGGACUUGUUGCCAUUGAAUGAUGAAUUUUAUCCCUUUUUUGUGUUUUGUGCAAAACUGUAGUAGAUAGAGAGAAACUGAAACAGAAAAAAGUUCAAGAGUACAAGAUAGAAAAAGAGACAUUUUAGUCAUGAACUAUAUUCAAGUCUACAAUGUUGGAAAGUGUCUGUUGCUAAAGAUGUACAUAGAUCAAGGUGAGCAACAUCGGCUCUUAAGAGAUUCUAGUUAUUGGUUGUUGUUACUAACAAACACUGUUCAAACUGGUUGUUUAGUCGUUUUUUUUGUCAGUUUGUCUAUGAUUUGAUUGGUUAAGAAUAACAAAUGUCACUCUUUCAAUAACUAGUGAAAAAAGGUAAUGUUGUUUUCAUAAAUUAACAAACAAACUUCAAUUGUCUAGGUAUCCACUCAAAUAAAUAUGCUGUGAAUGGUCUUAGCUGUAAUCAUAUAUAAUUAGUUGACCAUGACCAAUAUGUGAUAAUGAAUUAUUGUUAUUAGAGGUAUAUUGUUUUUUGUUGUAAAUAUUUUUUCGUUGUUGUACUAGAUUGUUUUUUUUUUUCAUCAUUAUAUAAUUAGAGGGUGGUGUGGGAAUUUGUUUGCAAAAAGAUAAUCCAUACUAUUUUAAAUAUUUAAAGAAAUUUAGGUACUUUUUAUGUUACCGACUAAAUGAUCUGUAAUACACAUUUUCAUUUCAAUCUUUAAUUGCACAGGGUAUGUUGAAUGGAUUGUUUUCUAAACAUGCAUUACUCUAGAAUAUUGAGGUUAACAGUCAUACAACUUUAAAAAAAAAUCAAGUUUCUUUAUAUUUCUUUUUAAAAACAUUUCUAUUGAGGCCAUGGAUGAAAAAAUUUGAAUUGUUUCAUAUUAACGUGUCCUAUAGAUGUAAAAAUUGGCUAUGAAAGGCAAUGCAUUCUCCUGUAUUUUUUUUUUAGCUAUAUCUAAAUGACUUAACAGACCCUUCAUGUUGGAAGCACCCAGUUCUAAUAUUGUAAAAUACAAUAUGUUGAUUUGUCACAGUAAAGAGAUUAGCUGUACAUAUAUAUGUUUAAGAGUUAAAAUCAAAAUUUGAGGAGAACAUAUGGUAUGAUCUAGAAAAAGAUUUGAUAGGAUUGUGUUGAAAACAAAAUUAUAUUAUAGAAUGAAAAGGUUUUUUUAUGAAAUAAAAGCAAUGUUUUGAUUUUUAUAGACUUAACUAUUUACAGCAUCAACAUGUAAUAUGUAAAAAAAAAAUUCAUGCAAGUGGUCAAUUUUAUUUAGAUUUUGAAAAGGUUUUUAAACAAAUGAGGAGCUGUAAAAUCAGAUUUGCUCAUGUGAAAUAGGUUGACUGUUUGUUUGUUCAAUGCAGUUUCAGUUUCAACUACUGUAAAUUCAGAAAUUAUUGUGAUGUUUUUAUUAAUGUGAAUAAUGCGACUGGAUGAGUAUUGCAAUAAUCAGAACUCGCAUUCUGAAUUUUAUACAUAUAUCUGUAUGCAGAUUUUUCUUGAAUCGCAAUAAUUAAUCUCGCAUUUUCAUCCAUUUUUCAAAUAUCACAAUAAAAAAUGCAAGCAAUAAUUUCUGAAUUUACAGUAACAGUUUUGUAAAGAACUUAUAGAAUUGAUCACUUGCAAGAAAACAUGGUAAACACAAGCAUGGUUUACAUUGCAAUAUAAUAAUGAAGCAAACUACAUGAAGAGAGCUUUUAGUUUUCUAUAUUAUAGUUAAGCAGAAGCAUUUUUAAAUUUUUUUGAAGAUGUCCAUCAAGGAAGUGCAAUAUUGUUAGUUUAUUAUUUUAAAGUAGACUUGUUACCUUGUAUUUUUGCUUGUUUUCAAAAAUCGUGUUAAAAGAUAUGGAUUUUUAGUGUGUUAAAUAUUUCUUUAAUAUAUGACCUUACUGUUAUUGUCUAUUUUAUUACUAAGCAAUGUUUCCCUCCUCCAGAUAUUUGUGAUUUACUUAUGUUGUUUCUAUUAUUUUUGCAGAAAUAAACUAUUUUUAAGAAGCUUUAUUGAUAUCAAUCUUCAAGAUAACUAUGAAUUUACAAAUAAAAUUUCAUGUAUAUAGCAUUCUAUUUUCAUUUAAUAACACAAAAAAAAGUUAAAAUAUUUCACCAACCUUUUCUUUUAUUCUACAUCUCCUAUCACGUAAAAAUUUAAUUGCAAUGUGUUACCAUUUUAAGAUGUUCUAGUUUGAUAAAAUACCUAUAGAAUACAGAAUGUUCUUAUUUCAUAAAAUACCUAUAGAAUACAGAAUGUUCUUAUUUCAUAAGAACCCAUAUAGAAUACAGAAUGUUCUUAUUUUAUAAGAACAUUUAUGGUGUAUAUUAUGUAGACCGUUAAUUUGUUAAUGAAAGAAUUCUUGUUAUUACUUCUAUUACUUCAUCUGUGAUGUAAUUUCUUUAAAUAUUAAUAAAGGUUUUCAUCAUU